UGGCGCGGGGCGGGCCGGGGCCGCGGGCGGCGUGAGCGGGCCCCGGGCCUGGGCCAUGUCUUCGUCCUUCUUCAACCCCAGCUUCGCCUUCAGCUCCCACCUGGACCCCGACGGCGCCCCUCUCGGCGAGCUCUCCUGGUCGUCUUCCCUGGCCGUGGUCACCAUCUCCUUCUCGGGGCUCCUCAUGGUCGUCGCCCUCAUGCUGGCCUGCCUGUGCUGUAAGAAGGGGGGCAUCGGGUUCAAGGAGCUGGAGAAUGCGGAGGGAGAGGAGUACCCGGCCGACGUCUCGGGGAUCGGCUCCCCCGCGCCCCCGGCCCCCGCGGGGCCCGACGUGUAUGUGCUGCCGCUCAGCGAGGUUUCCCUGCCCGUGGCGGAGCAGCCAGGCCAUGCAGGGCAGCUGCUCAAUGCUUCGGACCUGGGCCGGCAGGACCUUCUGCUCCUGGAAGAGAUGGGCCAUGGCUGGUUCGGGAGGGUGUACCUGGGGAAGGUGCCCGCGGGCAGCGCCCGGGGCUCCCAGGUGGUGGUGAAGGAGCUCCGCAGCGGGGCCAGCGUGCAGGAGCAGCUGCGCUUCCUGGAGGAGGUGCAGCCCUACAGGGCGCUGCAGCACGAGAACCUGCUCCGGUGCCUGGGCCUGUGCGCGGAGGCCGCGCCGCACCUGCUGCUCCUGGAGUUCUGCCCGGGGGGGGACCUCAAGGGCUACCUGCGGAGCCGCCGCGUGGCCGAGGCCCUGGCGCCCGACCCGCUGACCCUGCAGCGCAUGGCGUGCGAGGUGGCCUGCGGACUCGAGCACCUGCACCGCCACAACUACGUGCACAGCGACCUGGCCCUGAGGAACUGCCUGCUCACGGCCCAGCUGAGAGUGAAGGUCGGGGACUACGGCCUGGCGCACGGCACAUACCGAGAGGACUACCUGGUCACUGCCGACCAGCUGUGGGUGCCGCUGCGCUGGAUCGCGCCCGAGCUGGUGGACGAGGUGCACAGCAACCUGCUUGUGGUCAACCAGACCAAGGCCAGCAACGUGUGGUCCCUGGGCGUGACCCUGUGGGAGCUCUUUGAGCUGGGCACGCAGCCCUACGAGCAACACACGGACCGACAGGUGCUCGCCUAUGCCGUCCGCGACCAGCAGCUCAAGCUCCCGCCGCCGCAGCUGCCACCGAGCCUCUCGGAGCGCUGGUACGAGGUGAUGCAGUUUUGCUGGCUGCAGCCGGAGCAGCGGCCCACGGCCCAGGAGGUGCACCUGCUGCUCACCUACCUCUGUUCCAAGGGCACGUCCGAUGUGGCUGAGGAUGACUUUGAGCGGCGCUGGCGCUCGCUGAGGCCCGGUGGGGGCGGCUUAGCACUGCCCAACGCCUCAUCCUUCCCACUGCUGGAGCAGUUCUCGGGGGACGACGUGCUGACGGUGACCGAGACCAGCCGUGGCCUCGACUUUGAGUACAAGUGGGAGGCGGGCACGGGCGCUGAGGCCCUGCCGGCUCCGGGGGAGGCGCCCAGCCCAGCCCACGCACCCCUGCAGGCGCCCCCGGGAGUGGUGCCAGUGCUGAGUGCGCACAGCCCCUCGGUGGGCAGCGAGUACUUCAUCCGCCUGGAGGAACUGGCGCCCACCACCCGCCAUGACCCCGACUGCGCGGGCUGUGCCCCAAGAAGUCCAGGUCUCACUGAGGCCAACUCGGAACUCCUGGAGCCGUGGCUAGGCCACCCGCUGUCCCCUGAUGACCCCCUGGACGACUGUCACGACCCUCCAAACAGGAGCCCCAGUCAGAGUCUGCCAUGUGCCCUGCGGUCACCCCCGCCCGCGCCCCUCACGCUGCAGGACGGAGAAGCCGCUCCCUGCCCGGCUGUUCCUGAAGACCCGCUGGGUGGGGAGGCACUGGAGGUGAACCCUGGGGUGGCAGGCCGUGGACAGUGGCGCUCCAACCAGUCGGCCAACAACAACAGUGGGUGCCAGGUGCCGGGCGGGGAGGACGGCUGCAGGCACAGCUGCCCCAGCAUGGAGCCCAGCCCCCAGGGACACCCCCUGGCCCCCGAGGGACCUCGGGAACCUCUCCUUGGGCUCCAGGCCACCUCCUCGGGACAUACACUGAACCUCGAUGAGGGCCCCAACACACCGCGCUGGACAGAGGCAGCCAGACAAGGGGGCGACAGGUCCCAGGUGGAGCCGAGGGUGGCUGAGGAGGCCACUGGGCUCCAUCUUCCCCUUCCCUCCAUCCCGUCUCACGAGGACAGCCCACUUCCCGCUGAGGCUGCCAGCGCCCCGACCAGCCUGCCUGACUCGCCCACACCGGCCGGUGGCAGCCAGACAGCUGCCCUGGACCCUCCAGACGACCCCCCGGAGCUGGAGGGGUCGGGCAGCAGCAGCAGCGGGGACCAGGGCACAGCUGAGGCCAUUCCAGGCGUUCUCACUGGUCUGCCCGCAGGCAGUCCGGACACAGAAGGGCUGGGCAUGACUCCGGCCUGCCAGGCCCCCGGCUUCCUGCAUUCCCUGUCCUUGGCCAGCGAGGCCAACGGCCAGGCUUUGAGCCCGGUGGCUGCUAGCCCUGUUGUGGGGCUGCCCCGUGCCCUGGAUAGUGGCUACGACACCGAGACCUACCAGCCUCCCCAGCUCGUGCUCUGGGAGACACCGGAGCCGGGAGAGUCUGGGACAGGUGGGGGGCUGGGCUAUGAAGGCAGCAGCCCUGGGCCUGAAACUCAGCUGUCCAGCCCACUGGGCAGCCUGGGUGGGAAGAGCCCCUACCGGGACUCGGCCUACUUCUCGGACCUGGAGGCCGAGGCCGAGCUCCCUGCAGGUCAGGCAGAGAAUUCAGGGGACGGCCUGAGUCCAGACGGGCUGCAGGUGGCCGAGGCGUCCGGGGACUCCUCCCCAGAGCCCAGCGUCGGCCCCCAGCCUCAGCCUCCCUGGCUACACGGUCCCACCGAGGUGUCAGCCGUGUCCAGCACCGGACGCCCCAAGGUCUUUCUGCUCACCCCCGUGUCCAUGAGCACAGAGAGUGGCGGGCCUGAGGCCCCGCAGGAACGGACUGCGGCCCCUGGCGGCCCCAGGCCCCCUCUCUGCCUGGCCCUGCCCGUCCUGGCCGCCGCCCCUCAGGGCCGGUCGGAGGAGGAUGAGGAGGAGAGCGAGGACAGCGACGAAUCGGACGAGGAGCUGCGCUGCUACAGCGUGCAGGAGGCCAGUGAGGACAGCGAGGACGAGGCACGAGCCGUGCCCGUGGUGGUGGGCGAGAGCCAGAGCGCGCGCAGCCUGCGGGGCCUGCUCAGGACGCCAGGGCUGCUGCCUGCCGCACCGCGCCAGGACCUGGGGCCCAAGAAGAAAGUUGUGUCCUUCUUCGAUGACGUCACGGUCUAUCUCUUUGACCAGGAGAGCCCCAGCCGGGAGGUUGGGGAACCCUUUCCCAGCGCCAAGGAUGCCCCCCCUGCCUUCCUGGCCGGCUCCCCAGGUGCCCCCGGAUCCCCCAGCGCUCCAGGCCUAACUCCCUUGACUGUCCACUCACCAGAGGGCUCAGAGGCCGAGGAGGGCGGAGGGUUUGCCUGGGGAGAUUUCCCGCUGCUGAGAGCCUGCGAGCCAGCUCCAGCUACCCCUGAUGGGCCACCCAAGCCAGUGGUGCCAGGACCCCUGUCCCGAUUCACCGUGUCGCCGACGGCACCCUCGUCCCGUUUCUCCAUCACGCACGUCUCCGACUCGGAUGCGGGGCACAUGGGAGGUUCUGCAGCAGGCACAGGGAGCUUCUGUGAGGAGGCGUGAGGACCCCUGGCGCCCUGGGCCUGCCCCAGUCGAGGAUCCUGCCUACCCAUGUCUGGACAGAGGAGUGGGCUUGACCUUCCAGGCUCUGCUGCCCCCCCCAGGGGUUUGGCUUUGCACCCCAGCACUGCCCGGGGAUGCUGCCCGGCACCCCCAAUGUAGGCUUCACCACCCUUGGCACCUGCACUAUCUGGGGCCUGGGGUUGCCACCCCUUCGCUCCUUGCCAGGCUGUGGGUAUGCUCGGUAAGGACACCCCAGGCUCACGUACUCCCCCUUACCUCAGAGUUAGCCCUGUGUCCCCCACUGGCUCUGCUGGACACACAGCAACCCUCCCACGAGGACUGGGCCAGCCCCCUCCUGGACCUCCACUCCAGGCUGGAAAGUCUGUGGGAAAUGGGGCCGGGGCCCAUGCUCCUGCUCUCAGGGGCUCAUGGAGUAGGGUGCAGGGUGGGGCGGGCGGCACAUGAAUAUUUUUGUAACUGCUGAGCGAAUGAAUGGAAAUGCCGGGACCUGUCGUUGUUGCCAAAGAGAUGUGAGGUUACCAUU